UAUAGACAUGAGUUCAACUACAACAGAUCGUUAUCCACCCAGGAGGUGGUAUAGAAGAGUUCCAUUCAUUCCUGCAAAACCAAGAACGGAUCGAUUAUGUGAACCUUUAGACCGAUCUGAUGAUGAUGAUACAAACGAUGCGGAUAAAGAACAUUAUGCAAAUCCAGUAUUUCCGGAAAUGAAUGCAAAUUGGCUUUCACUCGUUAGCUUUCAAUGGCUUUCACGUAUUCUGUCAAUUGGAUAUACAAGACCAUUGCAAGCGGAUGAAUUAUAUUCUAUGCCCCAACAUAGAAGGGCAAAAGUAUACGCCGAUAGACUUGAACAAGCAUGGGAAAGGAGAACAGCAGAAGCAAAAGCAAGAAAUGCACAACCACAUAAAGAUUCUAUAUUUGACGCACUGCCAUCCACUUGGAGAAAGAUUCGUGGUGGCAAACCUGUCAAAAAGAAACACUAUGAGCCUAGUCUUACUUGGUCCUUAAACGAAGUGGCAUUCAGUUGGUUUUGGAUGGGUGGCGCGUUCAAGUUCAUAGGAGAUAUGUCUUUGAUCACCAGUCCACUCUUGGUUCGUUCGAUUAUUGAGACACUAGGAGAUCCUUCCGAACAAGCUAUGAGCAAAGGGUUCGGACUUGGAGUAGGUUUGUUCUUACUUCUCGCUCUGUCGGUCAUUGGAAAUGUACACGGGUUCUAUCGUUCAUACUCUACCGGAAUCGCACUUCGUGGUGCAUUGAUUCAUACCGUCUAUAGAAGGGCGACAAACUUAUCCGAAAAAGCAAGAGUACGUGAUGGAGGAUUCGGAACGGGUAAAUUGGUCAGUUUAGUCAGUGCAGAUGUUUCGAGAAUCGAUUUCGUUUGUGGUUAUUUUCAUAUGGGUUGGACUUCUUUAUUUCAAAUAGCCGUCGUUGCAGCUUUAGUCAUUUGGAGUUUGGGUUAUAGUGCCCUUCCUGGACUUGCUCUUAUUGCACUUUUAUAUCCACUUCAAAAUGUUAUGGUACGCAAAUUAUUUCAACUUCGACGUAGAAGUUUGGUUUACACAGAUGCAAGAAUCAAAGCAGUUGUUGAAGCAAUUGCUUCUAUUCGAUUAAUCAAAACAUAUGCAUGGGAACCUGCCGUACUUUCACGUAUUUCAAAAGCAAGAGCAAGUGAAAUGGGAUUCUUGCGAAAGCGUUUAAUCUUGCGUGCAGUCAAUACGGCAGUCAGUUUUACCGCUCCAACUUUGGCAGCCGUUGUAAGCUUUGUUUGUUAUAGUGCAGUUGGCAACACACUUGAUGCAGGACCAAUCUUUUCAACUUUAACAUUCUUUUUGCUCUUACGAACGCCUUUGCAGAUGUUACCAGUCGUUUUAAGUGCAUUGGCCGAUGCUCGUGCUGCUGUUGAUCGAUUGCAAACAUUCAUGCAAGCAGAUCUACGUUCGCCUUACGAUGUAGCAGGACCUCAAAUCACACCAAAAGAUGAAAUGCCACAAAAAGGAGAUAUGGUUUCAAUCGAUCAUACAACAUUUGCACAUCACGAUGACGAUGACGAUGAAAAGACUGAGAAACCAACAGGCGGAAGAAGUACGAGAUUACACAUUGAUUCAUUUCACGUCAAAGCUGGACAAUUGGCAUGCAUUGUUGGACCGGUUGGAUCAGGAAAAUCAUCGUUAUUGCGUGCUUUGAUUGGGGAUAUGCAAGUGGCAGGAGAAGGUGGAUCGGGAGCAAAAAUCGCAGGAAAGAUUUCUUAUUGUCCUCAACAGGCUUGGCUGUUAAGUUCGAGUGUUCGUGAUAAUAUCGUGUUUGGCAGACAUUUUGAUCAAAGACGUUAUGAUGACGUUUUAGAGAGAUGCUCUUUGCAUGCCGAUCUAGCAACACUUUCUCACGGAGACGAAACAGUUGUAGGCGAGAAAGGUAUUUCACUCUCCGGAGGGCAAAAGCAAAGAAUCAGUUUAGCAAGAGCUCUUUAUAGUUCCGAAACAAAAUUGAAGAUAUUGGAUGAUUGUUUUUCCGCUUUGGAUGCACAUGUUGGCAAAGAAGUGUUUGAACAGGGAAUUCUACAAUCAAGACGAUACGGAGAUGGAGAAGAUUCAACGUGUAUCUUGGUCACCCAUUCUCUCAGCCUUUUACCACGUGCUGAUGUCAUCUUUUAUCUGGACGAAGGUCGUAUUGCGGAGCAAGGUACCUUCUCAGAUUUGAUGCAAAAGCAAGACGGAUAUCUUGCAGAAUUAGUUCAACAGCAUGGAGCAAAGACUGGCUCGCGUAGCAAAGAAGAGGAAGACUUAACAACAAAUGAAGCAAAAGAGAACAAAGAGGUGGAAAAAGAUGCUGUCAAGAAACCGGAAAAGACUGCCGACAUCAUGCAAAAGGAAGAACGUUUAGUCGGUUCAGUGACGGCAAAGACGUACAUCAAUUAUGUUUUACUCGGACAUGCACCCUUAACGGUUCCACUUUUUGUUGUCUCAAUUAUUGCUUAUCAAGGCACAACGAUUAUGAGUCCAUUUUGGUUAAAUUGGUGGCAAGGAAGAACGUUGAAAGGAGUUUCAAACGAUACCUAUAUGGGCGUUUAUGCUGCUCUUGGUAUAGGACAAAGUCUUGGAUUAUUUUGCAUGAGCGCUUCUUUUGCUUUGUUUGCAUUUUAUGUUUCAAACGAACUUCAUUCGAAAGCUGCUAAACGAAUCCUGCUUGCACCGAUUGCAUUCUUUGAUACCACUCCUCAAGGCAGAAUCACACACAGAUUCAGCAAAGAUAUUGAUGCGAUCGAUAAUGUGGUCGGUGAAACGUUGAGAUUGUUUAUCAGUACAACCGUUCAAGCAUUUGGAUCAAUUAUCUUGGUGGCAAUCAUUUUGCCUUACUUUCUUGCCAUCGCUGCCGUUGUGGUGAUUGCGUACGUUUGGACGGGAAUGUUUUAUCGACCAAGCUCACGUGAAUUGAGAAGGUUGAAUAAUGUUUUGCGUUCAAAGAUUUAUGAACAUUUUUCUGAAUCACUAUCUGGUUUGGCAACAUUACGAGCGUAUGAUGCUUUGCCACUCUUUGUACAAGAAAAUGGAAGAAGGAUAGAUUCGGAAAACAAGGCAUACUGGCUUUCGAUCGCUUGUCAACGUUGGCUAAAUAUUCGAUUGGAUAUGUUUGGUGCACUCCUUUGUUUAGGAACGGCAAUGCUCGUCGUUGGUUUACGCGGUACAAUCUCCCCGGGAAGCGGAGGUGUUGUUUUAUCAUAUAUGGUCACCGUUCAAAGUGUUUUUGGUCAAAUGAUUCGUCAAUCUGCUGAAAUUGAGAAUAAUAUGAAUAGUAUCGAACGUGUUUUGCAUUAUGCCAAUUCGGUCGAACAAGAGAAGCCACAUAAUGUCAAACAAAUCGACGAAAAGCUCAAAGCUGAUCAAUGGCCACAAGAAGGACAUCUUCAACUAGCACAAUUGACAGCCAGUCAUCGGGAGGGAUUACCACCUGCUUUGAAGGAAGUCAGUCUAGACAUCAAACCUGGACAAAAGAUUGGUGUUGUUGGAAGAACGGGCGCAGGAAAGACGACUUUAUUGUCAGCUUUACUUAGAAUGAUGGAGGCAACAAACGGUAGUAUUUCGAUUGACAAUCAAGAUAUUUCGCAAAUCGGUCUUUCGUUAUUGAGACAGAGUAUUUCCGUUAUUUCACAAGAUGCAGUUUUGUUUAAAGGAUCAUUGCGUUACAACCUUGAUCCUUUUGAAGAACACGAUGACGUUCAUCUUUGGCAAGCACUUAAAUCUGCCAGGUUGGCCGGAUUCGAAGAAGAUCAAGUGACACAAACGAAAAGUGUAAACAGUAGCGAAGAAAAGAUCGAAGAAACAAGCGCAAGGAAAGGAUUGGAUCUUGAUAUGGACAUUACCGAAGAAGGAAACAAUCUUUCACAAGGACAAAGAGCGCUCGUUUCUAUUGCAAGAGCACUGGUAAAGCAGGCAAAGAUUGUUGUUUUAGAUGAAGCUACUGCAUCGGUUGAUAGUGCUACAGAUGCACACAUUCAAACAAUGCUCCAAACAUCACUCAAACAUUGUACCGUAAUCACAGUGGCUCAUCGAUUGGAUACCGUUGUUGGACGAUCAGAUGCGAUUUGUGUCAUGGAUCAAGGAAGGGUGGCAGAAUAUGAUAAUCCGAUCAAUUUGUUCCGUCAAAAUGGCAUCUUUACACAAUUGUGUACAAGUGCAUCGAUUGAUGAAAUCAGUAUCAUCAAAGCACAACAAUCUUCUGGUCGUUGA